CUGGAAACGAAUAAUUUGAUAAAAGACAAACGAUCUUUUGUUAAUUAUUUAAAAUCAAGACGUAAAGAAGUCUAAAAUAGGCACGUAAAUAAGUUUAACAUCGUAAUAUUUGUAUAUUACGAUGCAAAUAUUAAGGAGCAUUAUUUUCACAACUUUAUUAGUUUCUGUGACUGCAUACGUGCUAGCAAAGGAAGAUGUGAAUUAUAAAACAUGGAAUAAAAACAACGAAUUUAUAGAAUACAAUGGAAAGCACAAAAAUUACACUGACAGCAACAAAUCCAGACUUUAUAGAAAAGACACUGUAAUAAGACGAUCUCAUUACGCGGAUCCCUUGCAUUUAUCAAUGGAUGGGAGCACUUGGCAAUUAAUCUUUUUGAUAAUAAUAAGCAUGUUGAUAUUCUCAUAUUUGCCAAUUUAUCUCAAAAUGAGUACGAAAUUUUGGCCUGUUUUUGCAAACUGGUCUUUUGAUAUUUUGAAGAAUUAUUUCUCUUUCUGUAGACCUUUAAUUGCGGUUAUGACUCGCAAUUCAAGGGAUAAUAUGUAUCAAGAAGUGUAUCAAACAUAUAAUCUGCCAGUGGGAUUCGUUUAA